AUGUUCAGGAUAUUUGGACGUAGUGGAGCAAGUUUCGCAGUCAGGUUCGGCCAGUUUUGGGCCUUAAAUGCUCGGCCGCGAAAUUUUGUGCAACCCAGGGGGUUUGCAACAAGUCAGAUGCUCAGACAAAAGCCAAAGUCGUCGUUCUCAGUGUCGCAGCUCCUGAAAGACAUCAACAGUGAUCCGAAAAAGCGCAAGAUAUUAGCAAUCUCGCUGUUUACUUUAUACUUUUUAAGCGGCAUAGCUGGGUUCCGUUAUCUCAGCGAUACAAAAUACAAGGCUACUGGCGACGAAAACCCCUACAAGAAAGUUGAUUCCGAGGGUAACAUCAUCGACGCAGCCGAAAUCAAGGUUAUUGAGGGCCACGAUACCACUCCUGUAUAUAACCGGUUAGCCCGAGAGUAUGACGAUAAGAUUUGGCUCGAAGAAAUCACCUCGUACAUCUGGUAUAUGCGCCGCAAGCUCAUGAAGUAUGUCAAGGGUGAUGCACUCGAGGUGUCUUGUGGGACUGGACGAAAUCUCAAGUACCUGAACCCAAAGAAGGUCAGCAGUAUUACCUUUUUGGACAGCUCCUUGCCAAUGCUUGAGGUCACGCAGGAGAAGUUCGCCCAGAAGUUUGCCAAUUUCGAAAAUGUUCAGUUUGUGCAGGGCAGAGCAGAGAAUCUUGUCGACCUGACGGCCAAAUCUCAUCAAAAAUUUGACACGGUCUACGAGUCCUUCGGCCUAUGUUCCCACGAGGACCCCAAUAAGGCCCUCGACAACAUGAAAAAGCUUGUCAGGCCUGGAGGGCGGAUUGUUCUGCUGGAACAUGGACGAGGCUACUUUGAGAGUAUGAACGAACGAAUGGACCGCCAAGCCGCCUCCCGUGCUGAAGAAUGGGGAUGCCGCUGGAAUCUGGAUAUUGGCAAAAUCGUAGCAGAUUCCGGACUCGAGGUCGAGAAGGAAACCAGGUUCCAUUUUGGAACGAUCUUUUUCUACGUCCUCAAGGUGCCCAAAGAUCUUAAGUAG